AAGAAUUCAUAUAAAGCUAAAAUACUGUUAUUUAAAGAUUUCAUCUUUUUACAUCCCAAACAAUUUGGAAUGUUUACCAGGCAGCGCAUCACUUCUUCAAUUAAAACAACUAUUGGAUUCUGUAUAAUUCUUUUAUCCAUUUUAGCUCUAACAAUUCAAUGGAUGGAUAUAUCUGUGGAAACAGGAUCCUUGGAAAAGAGUAAUAAAGUCGAUAUUUUCCCUGAAGUUUCUUGCUCUAUAAAAUGUCCGCGAGUUUCACCAAUGAAGCCUGAAUUCAGGUCAUCAUCCGAGUCGUGCCCUGAGUAUUUUAGAUGGAUUCAUGAAGAUUUAAGGCCAUGGAAAGAGACAGGGAUAACGCGAAAAAUGGUAGAAAAUGCACGAGAAGUAGCUCAUUUUAGAGUAGUUGUAGUAAAUGGAAGAGUGUAUUUUGAGAAGUAUAAAGCAACUUUUCAAAAAAGGGACAUAGUUACAUUGUGGGGGAUAUUGCAGCUUCUUAGUUUUUAUCCAGGCAUGUUACCUGAUUUAGAUAUAGUUUUCGAAUGUGGUGAUCAACCAGUAACACAAAGAAGUGAUUAUGGAAAAUCAAAGGACUCAAUUCCACCACCAUUGUUUCAUUACUGUGGAAAUCGAUCGAGUUUUGAUAUUGUUUUCCCUGAUUGGUCCUUUUGGGGUUGGCCUGAACUCUCCAUAAGGCCAUGGGAUAAGUUGGAAAAAGAUUUGCAGCAGAGCAAUGAGAUGAUUAAGUGGACAGAAAGGGAGCCUUAUGCCUAUUGGAAAGGGAAUGCAGUGUUAGGCGAAGCAAGACGUGACCUUAUCAAGUGCAACGUCUCUGGGAAGCAGGACUGGAAUGCUCGAAUUUAUGGCUUGCAAUGGGCUCUCGAACGCAGACAAGGCUAUAAAACCUCAGAUUUGGCCACUCAAUGCACUCAUAGAUACAAGAUUUAUGUUGAAGGGCUAGCAUGGUCAGUAAGUCAAAAGUACAUUUUAGCCUGUGAUUCUGUGGCUCUGCUCAUAAAUCCCCACUACUAUGAUUUCUACACAAGGAGUUUGCUGCCAACAGUCCAUUACUGGCCAAUAAAUGAGAAAGACAAAUGCAAAUCCAUCAAGUUUGCAGUAGACUGGGGAAAUAAAAAUGCAAAAAAGGCACAAGAAAUAGGAAAAGCAGGUAGCAAAUUUGUACAUGAGGAGCUACAAAUGAAGUACAUCUACGACUACAUGUUUCAUCUUUUAACUGAAUACGCCAAGCUUUUGAAAUAUAAGCCCACUAUACCUAGAGAUGCUGUUGAAGUAUGCUCCGAUACAUUGAUUUGCUCAACGAAAGGAAUAAGAAAGAAGUUUAGGGUACAUUCCAGGAUUAAUAAUGUUUCAUCUUCAGAGCCAUGCACCAUGCCCCCUUCCUGGAGUCCUGCAGAUCUCCAAAAUUUUAUCGAUAGAAAACAUAAUCUCACAAAGCAAGUUGAACUAUGGGAAGAAGCUCAAAGUAUUUGAAACUUUCCACAUC